AUGAAUUCCAUCGACGCCUCGGACCGCCAUGUGCAUAUCGAGACAGCUCCACCACCAUCACUACUAGCUGUUGUCCUCGACACGAACCCACAUGCCUGGGCACAUCUCUCGUCUUCCAUUUCGCUCUCGGCCGCCCUCGCAAAUAUCCUGGUCUUCAUCAACGCGCACCUGGCUUCUGGAAACGCGAACGAAUCACGAAAUGGCACCAACGGCGAUGUCGAGAUGAAUGGAGCAGAGGAUAACAAGCCUUAUAUCGCGGAAAACCCCAACAAGUACCGGGCUUUUGCACUGGUCGAGAGUGCCAUCCUCAAGAACUUUGCGAAGCUGUUGGAAGAGACGAAUGAAAGCCAUCUUGCAGCAACGCCCACAACGCUCAUAGGCGGCGCCAUAUCUAUGGCACUGUCCUAUAUCAACAAGUCUACCAUUCUUCACGCACCAACUGGAGCUUCAGCCGAGAUCACCUCUGUUGCGGCGAUGGCUGAUACAGACAACAGCACGCACCUCGACCGUAUAGCGCUCACCUCUCGUAUCCUCAUCGUUUCCGUGUCGGGCGACCUGGCUAACCAAUACAUCCCUGUAAUGAACUCCAUCUUCGCAGCACAAAGAAAGAAGAUACCGAUAGACAUAUUAAAGCUGGCUGGAGAUACAGUUCUGCUGCAGCAGGCCAGCGAUGCUACUGGCGGGGUCUACAUGAAGCCUGAGAGGCCUGAGGGGCUAUUACAAUACUUGAUGAUGGCAUACCUGCCCGAUGCCACAGCGCGCAAGAGCUUGAUCAUUCCGAGGAUCCAGAAAGCGGCAACAACUUGGAUCUACACGAGAUCAGACAAGAUGCCAGCCGUCAUGCUCGCAUGGCGCGAGUCUCGCACCCUGACCAUGUUCGAUCCAAUCCGCGGCUUCGGAGUUGCACCUCCAACCCUGCCUGAAGUCUACGCGGACUAG